CUGAUGACCACCGAUGCGCUUAGCGGAGUCAUGCAUGCUGGCUCCUGCUGGGGGAACAGUGGCACCUAAAGCAGCAGCCUGCCGCGCACGGUGUCCAGUAAGCGCGCAACAGCAGCAGCAGCCAGCAGCGGGGGCCUCCUAAAAAAUACCCGGCGCGGCGCCCUAGGGCAAAAGGAAACAGCUCGUCCAGUCCGUAGUCCAUAGUACUCCAUUUGCAAAUUGCAUUGCCACACCUCGGCUCAUCCCCACCUCACCUCGGCCUCACUUCACAAGUUCACAUCACGAAACAGGAGCGUCAUAAAGACAUGGGCGUCGCAGGGUAGCCUCAGACGGUCAGACCAGUGACGCAGCGGCAGCGGCAGCGGGCAUGGGGUCCUGAGUGACCGACUGCGAAGGAGAUGGCUGGAGCGCGACGGCCCCGGAGCCAUUAAUGGGGUGCUCAUCCUCCUCCCCCUCCUCGCCUCCUCCCCGCCGGGUCGCGGACGCGGUCGGCUCCGCCUUUUAACCGGCCUGUCCGGGAGCGGGGCGCCGGAACCCUAGUGCUGCUGGUGGCACGCGGCGCGCCCCAUGGGCAUCGAUCUCAACAUGGUGGACGGCGAGGGCCACGAGCGCCGCCCGCCGCCGGUGACGUGCCGGGAGCUGUGGCACGCGUGCGCGGGGCCCGUGGUCGCGCUACCGCGCCGGGGCAGCCUGGUCGUGUACCUGCCGCAGGGCCACCUGGCCGCGGCGGGCGGCGGGGACGUCGCUGCGGACCUGCCGCCGCACGUGGUGUGCCGCGUCGCGGAUGUCGAGCUAUGCGCGGAUGCGGCGACGGACGAGGUGUGCGCGCGGCUGGCGCUGGUUGCGGAGGGCGAGGUAAAAAUAUCCUGUUCAAAAAAUUGAACCGAUUGGAUUUGCAUGCUCACAGGGAUCGCGGAGAUUCAUGUUCCCCGUGUUUGGAGGAGAUAUGUGUGCCAGCCCUGUUUCCUUUUCUGUUAAGACUUAAGACUGCUACCACUACCAGUGUGCUGCAUUCGGGAGGAAUCUGGGCGGUGGUGGAGUUGAAGGGGACGAUGGCAUGGAAGAUUUCGAUGCUGAAAGGAAGUCCGGGAUGCUGCACAUGUUCUGCAAAACGCUUACGGCCUCUGACACAAGCACGCAUGGAGGGUUCUCUGUUCCUCGCCGUGCUGCUGAGGACUGUUUCCCGCCUCUGGAUUAUAAUCAGCUCAGGCCUUCUCAAGAGCUGGUUGCCAAGGAUUUGCAUGGAGCCAAGUGGAAGUUUCGUCAUAUAUAUAGGGGUCAGCCUCGUAGGCAUCUCUUGACUACUGGAUGGAGUUCAUUUGUCAAUAAAAAGAAACUGGUUUCAGGGGAUGCUGUGUUAUUUCUCCGAGGUGAUGACGGUGAACUAAGGCUGGGUGUGCGGAGGGCUAUUCAGCUUAAAAAUGAGGCCCUUUUUGAAGAUUUCAAUAGUGACAGCACAAAGCGGCAUUCUUUGACGGCUGUAGCUGAUUCCUUGAAGAACAGAAGUGUUUUUCACAUUUCUUACAAUCCAAGAGCUACUGCUUCAGAAUAUAUUAUUCCAUACGCUAAGUUCCUGAAGAGCCUCAAUCAUCCGGUCUGUAUUGGAGCAAGGAUCAACUUUCAGUGCCAUAAUGAAGAUGUUAGUGAAAGGCGAUCUGGAGUGGUUGUUCGCAUUAGUGAAAUAGAUCCCAUGAAAUGGCCUGGCUCGAAGUGGAGAAGCCUGCUGGUAAGAUGGGAGGACGGUGCUGAAUGUAAUGGCCAAGAUAGAGUAUCUCCAUGGGAGAUCGAGAUAGCUGGUGGUUCUGUCUCUGUUUCUCAUUCUCUUUCUGCAUCUAGUUCUAAAAGAACCAAGUUGUGUCCUCAGGGAAAUUUGGACGUUCCAGCAAUGUAUGUUACAGGGAAUGGUUGUACUGACUCCAUGGAAACUGGAAAGUUACCCAGGGUCUUGCAAGGUCAAGAAUUGAUGAGUUUUAGGACUUGUCAUGUUCCGUGUGCUCCUCAAACUGCUGAGGCUGCAAAACUUCAAUCUUCUGAUGCUAGUAGGUUCCUUAGUAAUGCACAUGGCUGCGCAUUGGGUGGUCCAACAAGCAGACUCGCAGUGCAUAGCUCUGGUUUUACCUACCAAUGUGUAGGCUUCAAUGAAUCUAUUGGAUUCUCAGAGGUCUUGCAAGGUCAAGAAAUUUCUCGGGCGGUUCCUAAGUUCCAAGGAAUGAUGUCGGAAGCUUGUUCACUGAAAGACAGAUAUGGGCUGCAUAGUUAUAUGCGUGCCCCAGUUGCUGUUAAUGGAUUAUCAGCUACAACUCAAGAAUGUUCUCUCGCACUAUCUACUCCGCCAGGAGCACAAGUGCCCUCUCUCUACCCUGGUAAUGUUGUUAACCGAACUGUGGUUCCACAACUUGGACUGGCAAGGAAGUUUGGUGGUGGAGGUACAAAUGGCCAGCAGUCUGGCCCAUUUGAUAGGCCGAGGGAACUUUGGACCAGGCCACAGCAUGAAACACCUGACCAAAUGAACUUGGAUCAGUUUGAGACUAGAAGACCUUCAGUGCCUGUAGAUGCUGCUAAGCUUGGGUCUGGUGGAGGGGAGGUUCGCAAAACUAGCUGCAGACUUUUUGGUUUCUCCUUGACUGAAAAGAUCUUGCCAGCAGAUGAUGAUGACGUCAAGGAAGUGAGCUAUGAGACUGAGUGCCAGAACCCACGGAUGCUGGACCUGUUCGGGUACAACUGCUCAACACCGAGUGCCGCUCUUCCAGCUCUGUGUGCUGCCGCCCCCUUUGGAAUGUGAUGCUGCUUCGAAUCUUUCGAUAACUUUGCUCCAUGUACUCUUAGAAGUUUUACUUUCCCAGUACCCCAGUGUAGUCAUAAGCUGCUUUUGACAUCAUUCCCUUUGGUCUGCCUCAAGUUAAGCAGUCAUUUGCACAAGUAAACGAAGGUUCGUUGGUGAACCACUCCUCGACAUGCCUCACCCUGUCACCCAAACUAUUGUGGUUAGUCUCAGGAUACCCAGAGACACCACAUUGUAACUUAUGUCGAUGAUCCUUCAGAACUGUUGUGCGAUGAAGCUAACAAUUUGCUCUAAAAGUACUUUGCUUGCUCUAAAAGUACCGGCUAUGUAUAUUUAAAUCAGCACCUGUAUGAGUUUUUUUAGCCCUCACAAGCCCUGGUUGCAGUCGACUAGGCCGUGUGAUUGUAUUAGUAUGCUAUCUUUUUAAACUGUCGCUUAUGAGUCUUUAUUCUA